AAACAACCUCUAAAGAGGGAAGAGUUGAAAUUGCGGGAGGAGGAAGCUGCACAGGUGGUGAGGGAAUGCAGUGCGGCAAAUGCAGGGUUUUCCAUUUUACGACAAGCCUAUGCGUAUCCAAUAUGCAAAAACAAAGUCGGACUGCCUUGUAGAGGCUGAAGGAGUCUACGAUCCAAAUGCGAAGAAGAAGAAGAAGAAGAAGAAACAAGAAGAAAAAGCUGAGAGAAAGAGGCGUGCUGAAGAAGCUCAACAAUCUGCAACUGCUAAUGGUUCAGCUGCCGACAAUAACAGAGGCCCUGUCCUUUCUUUCCGCCCAGCAAGUGGUGGUGGCGACCAAGAAACCAUUCCACCAAACAACAUACUGUUCAUUCAGAAUCUGCCGCAUGGAACCACAAGCAUGAUCGAUGUUGCAUGUCUUGUUCCAGCAGUACCCCGGGCGGGUUCAAGGAAGUCCGGAUGGUGGAAGCUAAGCCUGGCAUUGCAUUCGUUGAAUUCGAAGACGACGACGUCCAGUCAUCCAUGGCCAUGCAGGCACUUCAAGGGUUCAAAAUCACUCCUCAAAACCCAAUGGCCAUCAGUUUUGCCAAGAAGUAGUAGGGUUGCUUGUCUUCUACUUGUAAUUUGUGGAUUAAGGAGAGUCAUGCUAACAAAACCAGGCCUCCUGAAACUGAUCAAUGUUAUGUUAUUGCAGACCCACCAAUCAUCAACAGAAUCUUAGCUAGCCAGUUCUUUUGAGUCAGUUUCUACCUCUUCUCGUAUGAUCUGCUUCUUGUUCAAUCAUGGA